CCAGAGUCCCUGAGUAGACAUGUCACCAUCUCUCCUCUCCACUGCUGUCAUUAUUUCCAUCAUCAUCCUAAACUAUUUCAACCAGCUAAGUGAGGCAGAAGGAGAAUUAGUGAAACCAGUGGUCAGUGUCAAUACUGUCAGUGAUGACAGGACUGUCACUGUGGUCUGUCAGACCAACACGUCUAUGGAGAAGAAAGUCACAUGUUACCUGUACACUGGAGACACACCUGAGUUCUUCAUUUCAACAUGGACUAAAUCAACAGUGUGUCAUUUUUACAUAAAGUGUGAUGAUCUCGAGAGGCGUUUCCAGACCGUGGGCAGCAGGAAUGUGAGCUGUGACUACAGUGUGGAAACAGACACAGAGCAUCGCUCUCCACGCAGUGACAGCUAUUCUGUACCAGCUUCAUCCCCAGGAGUUUCCACAACAAGAUGUCCAGUGACUUCUGGUACCACAGUGAUUCCCCAAUCGAGUUUAAUGACUUCUAACCCCAUUUCUGAGACAGAAUUUCCAACACAAGCAGUUUCCACAGCAAGCUGGGCACUGACUUCUAGUACCACAGAGAUUCCCCAAUCAAUUUCCUCCACAGGAGUUUCCACAACAAGUUCUGCACCGACUUCUGGUACCACAGUGAUUCCACAGUCUAAUUCUUCCCCAGAAGUUUCCACAACAAGGUCUGCACUGACUUCUGAAAUCACAGCAACUCCACAGUCAAGCUCCAUUUCUAACACAACCUCUGUGACAGAACCUCCACCACAAGGUCAGCAGGUGGUUGUGGGAGUGGCUUCUGCAGUCUGUGUGCUUCUCUUGGGAGUGACAGCCAUCUGCCUAGGCAUAAAAUUCAAGAAAAAAAUCAUCAAAAGGGAGCAGAGAGGUCCAGGUUUCCUUUUAAACGAUGGAGACACUUUGCGGAUUGGGGACACAUGUGCUCCGGAAGGGACCUGCUCCAUCAUCACCAGCAUCUCCUCUACUCCCAACAUUCAGCCUGAUGGUAACCUUAUGAAAGCAGAUAAAUUGGGCACUGAGACACCUGGAACAGAUGAAACUUAUUGCAUCAUUGCAGACCCCCCUUCAUGCUCUGGCUCACAGCUAUUUGAUCCUGUUAAGAAAGGGGAGACCCCGGAGGGGCCUCUGUAUACCGUGCCUUAUGAACACCACGUCUAUGCUACCAUUAAGGAUCAGCCCUCUGCCUCAGCUCAACAGGACCUGGUCUACAGCCUUCUGCAGAAGCACUGAUUCAGACAUAACCUGAAAUCUGCCCAGGAGGUUGGACCAGAACUUGGACCGAAUGAGCUCUUCUGAGCUCGUGUUUAACUGUCUGUUUGCUUGUUACAUAUUGCUAUAUGGAUUUUCUCUGCUGGGGAUCCAGUUUGUAUGUGUGUUAGGUAUGAUUGCUAAGUUGAUUUUUGAUAAUUGAUUAUUUUUCUGUAUUUGGGAAAUACGAAUUUUCCAAUUCACUUUGAAUUACUUAUUUUCUGCACAAAAUUAUGUUAAAUUAAUCACUAAAAAAGCAAUUCUAUUUUGCACUAGCAUGUUAUCCUUUAACUUCCACCCUCUUUGAAACAUAUACUACAGUUGUAUGCUCGUUUAUUAUAACAUUCCUUAAGCAAACCUUGCAGCACAGCAAUCAGUUCAAUAAAUACAGAAUGAAUUCAUUUUAAAUUUCUGCAUAACCAAAUAAUCUUUUUUUGACUUAAGAUAAUACUGAAAUAUUAAAGCUCUCAUUUUAUUACGGAAACCAGUGUGUCUGAAGGCUGAAUUCUCUCUAUCCAGUUAUUUAAUAACACACACAGUUUUAGAGGCUGGUAUCAUCCCCGCUCCAUCUAUUGGCGUUAGAAAAACUGCAGUGUCUUCAUACUAAUAGCUAUAGUUUUACUCAGUUUCGUGCUAAGCUUCGUUAAACAAGCUUUCCCGGGCUGAUGCCACCAGUCUAAGGCAGACUGCCUGUCUCAAUGUCCAUUUUGUUUUCUGGAAAAUAAGUACCUUAAAUGUUAGUUUCUUUAUUCUGCUCAUUUUAGUUUGUCCAUGACCGCCUACUGCUGUGUGACUCAUCCAUACUAACAUUUUCACUUUUCAUAAAGCUUUGUAAUGCAAAACAGGAGAGGAAGAG